AUGUUAGCCUCUCCGAUGAGAGCGAAACCAUCACGGAUUAUUUUAGCGACAGCUCGCGUAAGAGUUGGCGUGGUCGAAGGUCGCUCGGUAGAAAUACGAGCCUUGUUAGAUCAGGGCUCCGAAAUGUCCUUUAUAUCUGAAUACCUAGCUCAAGUGUUACGGGUUAAACGCAUACGAAUGCCGACGUCGGUUUCUGCCGUCGGUUGCGUGGAUGCCGGGACCUUCAAGUACGCCGCUCGAAUCUGUGUCUCUCAUCGCGAUGUAAGCUCUCCGACCGUAAACACUACCGCUUUAAUUUUAAGUUCUUUAACCGCGUACGCUCCGCAAAGCGAUGCGGAUAUCGCCUCGUUCUCUCAUUUGGCGGACCUUGCAUUUGCGGAUCCGGAUCCAACGAGCAAGGAGCCUAUUCACCUCAUUCUCGGCGCGGAUCUGUAUGGGGAGGUCAUUCUCGGGGGCUUGCGCAAGGGUUCACUCGGCGAGCCUAUCGCGCAAGAUUCAAUAUUCGGAUGGGUCAUAUCGGGACCACUCUCUCCAUCCUCUCCCGCGUCACCUCCUUCACCUCCGCCUCCUGGAGAUGCUCGGAUGUCGCAUCACGUCUCCGUUCAUCAUUGUCUCAACGCUACAUCAUUGGAGGACGAAAUCAGACGAUUUUGGGAAAUUGAGGACUUUCCCACGCAUUUAAUUGCCACGCCUGACGACGAGAAGUGCGAAACGCAUUUUCGCUCUACACACACGCGUACGUCAACGGGGCGUUAUAUCGUCAGGUUGCCGUUUCGCCGUGAUCCUCCCAUUGAAAUCGGGGAGUCUCGCCAACGAGCCGAACAACGGCUGAACGCGCUUUUUCGACGGUUUGGUGCAAAUCCGAAGCAGUUCGCUGAAUAUCAGGCAUUUAUUCGGGAGUAUGAGCGUCUCGGUCAUUUGCGUAAACUGCCUGCCGCCGAGGACCGCCCGGAUCCGUGUGUCUAUCUCCCUCACCAUCCCGUUUUCCGUGAUUCCAGCAGCACCACACGUCUGCGUGUCGUGUUCGACGCGUCGAGUCUCACGUCGAACGGCUCGAGUCUCAAUAAUCACCUUUUAACAGGGCCUAAACUUCAAACGGAUUUAUCCGCCGUGAUAUUGCGUUGGCGUCAGUUUCGCUUUGUGUAUGCAGCCGACAUCGCGAAGAUGUACAGGCAGAUUCUCGUAGACGACCGCGAUCUUAAUUUUCAAAGAAUUUUGUGGCGUGACUCUUCCCGUGAAUCCGCGAGCGACUAUCAAUUACUCACAGUCACUUACGGGAUGGCGUGUGCACCCUUUCUCGCGUUACGCGUUAUUCAGCAAUUAGCUCAGGACGAAGGGGAACGGUAUCCCAUGGCGGUGCCCAUUUUGCAAGAGCAUAUUUACGUCGACGACGUGCUGUUCGGUCACGACGACUUGAACGCUCUACGUGCCACGCGAGAUCAAUUAAUUUCAUUAUUACGUUGCGGCGGGUUCGAACUUCGGAAAUGGGCAGCCAAUUCAGCAGCUCUCCUUUUUGAUAUUGAUGACUCAGAGCACGGAACCGCGUGCGACAAAUCCUUGUCUCACUCUGACAAUCUCAAUAUCCUCGGCGUUGAAUGGAAUCCAGUCCUCGAUUCCUUUCAGAUUCGGGUGUCCAUGUCCGAUGACCUUCCCCGCACCAAGCGUUCCAUCCUUGCCGCCAUCGCUCGAUUAUACGAUCCUCUCGGAUGGGUCACCCCCGUGAUUCUCUCUGCCAAAGUUUUGAUGCAGACACUGUGGAGAGACAGAUUUUCAUGGGACGAGCCGAUUCCGCCCUCGCUAUCCUGUCGCUGGCAACAAAUCUGCGACGGGAUUUCGCGGUUGAGUAACCUGAGACUGCCGCGGUGGUCCGGGUUCACCGCUGAUUGUGAGCUCGAGCUCCACGGAUUCGCGGAUGCCUCAACCGUCGCAUAUGCUGCCGCCGUGUAUUUAAAGGUCGUCGAUUCCUCUCAGACCGUCACUAUCAGCCUAUUACUAGGUAAAUCGAGAGUUGCUCCUCUGAAGCCGCUCAGCAUACCUCGAUUAGAAUUGUUGGGCGCGGCGCUGCUCGCUCGGCUCAUCAAUCUCGUUAAAACGACUCUCGCAAUAAACGAUCUUCCGUGUUUCUGUUGGUCCGAUUCCACGGUCGUACUGGCCUGGCUCCGCCAACAUCCUUCCCGGUGGAAGACGUUCGUUGCCAAUCGUGUAGCUGACAUCCAGCAGCGUCUUCCAGGGACGGAGUGGAGACUGAUGCCCAAAAAGCUCAGACUACGACCUGCUACGAUAAAUCAAUUAGAAACACGCACAGUAAAUAAAAAAAUGCAGAAAACCGAGCACUAA